AUGGCAGUCACCAACGAUCCCGUGUCUUACUCUACUGAGUGGCCGACUAUAGAUAUUGUCUACCUAUCCAUCGUUGGGCCAGUGGUGCUGGCGGCUGCCUUUGAAUGGGUGCUUUGGCUUGCAGCAUUUCUUUACUGUCUCGUGAAGGUCUAUCAAAAAGCAGAUCAUUGGAGCAUCAAAGUGCUAGCAGUGGUGAUGUGCUUUCUCUUCUCUGUGCUGCGAUUGGCUUUCCUCCCUGUCAUGAUUGUGACACUGCCUCUGCCACCUCAACUAAGCCACCAUAUUCCAGAGUACCUGGCCCAAGAUCUCCAAUGGUUCGCCUUCUGGUCUUUCACAACUCUCCUCGUCGGGCCAUGGCUUGCCUGUAUCUACCAACUCGUCACAAGCUCCCUGGGACGCAAAAAGAAGAUAAAAGAGGCAUUGGAUGAUCGUACUGCACCGAAGACAGUGGUCGUCAUGCCUGUCUACAAAGAAGAUUCCGAUACUUUGAUCAAGGCAAUUGACUCGGUCGUCGAUUGUGACUAUCCAGCAGCCUGCAUCCACGUAUUUCUCUCGUGGGAUGGAAAUCUAAUCGACGAGUCCUAUCUCCGUGUCAUUCAAAACUUGGGUAUUCCGAUUUCCCUGAGAAGCUACCCUCAGAGCAUUGAUGUUAUCUACAAGAAUGCUCGGAUCACUGUUUCUCGUUUCUCGCAUGGUGGCAAACGGUAUUGUCAGAAGCAGACAUUCAAAUUGAUCGACAAAGUCUAUGCAGAGUACCUGAAACGACAUGAUGAUUUGUUUGUGCUUUUCAUUGAUUCCGAUUGCAUCCUUGAUCGCGUGUGUCUGCAAAACUUCAUGUAUGACAUGGAACUGAAACCGGGAAGCAAGCACAACAUGCUGGCCAUGACAGGUAUCAUUACCUCCACCACAGUGAAAAACUCAUUCCUCACGGUCCUACAGGAUAUGGAAUACGUCCAUGGUCAACUUUUUGAACGUUCAGUGGAGUCUGCAUGCGGGGCCGUGACAUGUCUCCCCGGUGCAUUAACCAUCCUUCGUUUCUCGGCAUUUCGCAAGAUGGCCAAAUAUUAUUUUUCCGACAAGGCUGAGCAAUGUGACGACAUAUUUGACUUCGGGAAAUGUCACCUUGGUGAAGACCGAUGGCUCACCCACCUCUUCAUGAUCGGAGCCAAAUGCCCCUACCAGAUCCAGAUGUGCAGCGGUGCCUUCUGCAAAACCGAAGCUGUUCAAACCUUUAGCAGCUUGCUCAAACAGCGGCGCCGCUGGUUUUUGGGCUUUAUCACCAACGAGGUGUGCAUGAUCACUGAUGUCAGGCUAUGGAAACGGUAUCCACUGCUCUGUAUUGUUCGAUUCUUGCAGAACACUAUUCGGACCACCGCCCUGUUGUUUUUUAUCAUGGCUAUUGCCCUUAUCACAACUUCUAAAAAGAUCAAUGAUGUCCCCGUGGGCUUUAUCGGGGUUUCCCUUGGUCUGAAUUAUUUACUCAUGAUUUAUUUUGGUCUUCGACUCGGUCGGUACAAAGCAUGGCUCUAUCCACUGAUGUUCAUUGUCAAUCCGUUCUUCAACUGGGUUUACAUGGUAUAUGGGAUUUUUACCGCUGGACAGCGCACUUGGGGUGGGCCACGAGCCGAUGCAGCCACUGCGGAUGACCAUAUGACUCCUGAGGAGGCUGCCGAGCUGGCUAAAGCACUGGGCAAUGAACUGAACAUUGACGUUGAUACUUUUCGUGCGAACAGCGUCCGCCGACGAUCAGUUCCCGUCCGCCCCUCUGACCACAUUGACGGUCGUUUUGCACCUGCGGAACAGCUUCUGGAUGGAUUUUAUAUCAGCACCAACGAGAUCGAUCCUGCUCAAGCACGCAUGUCAGCCCCUCUCCCUGGUGUCCCCCGGUUCCAUAUACCGGGUCACCUUCACGACUCUAUGGAGUCCUUCUUUACCGAGUCUUCUGAUAGCGGAUCCAAUUCGGUUUUGUUGCCGCACACGGUGGAAAGCCUCAUGAGUGAAGAAGAUCAACGCAAGUUGUACUAUGCCCGUCAGGCUCGGUCGUCCAUCGGCAUAUAUGGAGCCUCAGAUAAGGCUACAGUACGGCCGCAGGUCCUCCAACCCAUUCCUGACCAUGCAGAGGCCUCUCCUUUUCAUAUUAUGUCACCCUUUGCUGAACCACAUGAUCCAAUGCAAGAGGGUCAAAUUCUACUAGAAGAGAUGACGAUGACAGGGCAACGAGAGCCACCGCGGACCGCCGUUGACCACCGUUGGAAAUGA